UAUGAUUUUUAUAAAAUGGUCAUAUUGGAAUCGCAUUUCUUCCUCUUCCGUUGUUUUCUCCUCCUAGCUUCUGCCGCAUGUUCUCUUUCCCACCCUUCUCUCCUCGAUGUUCACCCUCUAGAUGAGAAACAUUACAGCUCCGAGGUAAUCAAGUGCAAGGAUGGAUCAAAAUCCUUCUCCAAAGAUCGUCUCAAUGAUAAUUUCUGCGAUCGCCCUGAUGGCACUGAUGAACCAGGAACUUCAGCUUUCUCCGCCGGAAAAUUUUAUUGCAGAAACCUGGGAAGCAAGCCACAAUUUAUAUUCUCUUCUUAUGUUAAUGAUCUUUUCUGUGAUUGUUGUGAUGGGAGUGAUGAAUAUGAUGGAUACAUUCGGUGCCUCAACACUUGUGUAAUGGGUGGGAAUGCCAAAAUUGGCAAUUACAAUUCAAAACUGAGUCAGCAGGCUUCUUUUGCUGGAAAAGUGACCAAAGAUGAAGUGAAGUACGAGGACUUGGUUCAUAAUCUUAUGAGUUUAAGGUUAGCAAUUAUUCUACAAGUGGUUCUGCUUGCUUUUAUCGUAUUUCUAUGGCAUUUUGGUUGCCGUUCCAGAUCUAAAAGGAGGCGUACAAUUAUUAAGGUGCUCUAA